GCCGUGGGAGCAGAGGAGGCGGCUCCUGCCUGCAGAGGACCUCAAGGGUCCCAGCCUGCGGGCUGCGGGGUGGGGGGCAUCUGGGCGGGGCAGCUCUGGGAUGCAGCCCCCUCCGCUGUCGCCACCUCCACUGCUACUGCUGUGUUUCUCCAUCAUCAAGGCCGGAGGGCUGCAGUGUGGGGGUGUCCCAGAGCCCUGCGCCAACGGAGGCACCUGCCUGAGCCCAGCUCAGGGGCAAGACACCUGCCAGUGUGCCCCGGGCUUUCUGGGGGAGACGUGCCAAUUUGCUGACCCCUGCCAGGAUCGCCAGCUCUGUCAGAAUGGGGGAAGCUGCCAAGCCCUGCUGCCCACACUGCCAGCGUCGCCCCGCCCCGCCUCCUCCGGGGCCCCCAGCUUCAUCUGCACUUGCCCCACUGGCUUCACUGGAGACAGGUGCCAGGCCACGCUCAAGGACCCCUGUCACGCUUUCUGCUCCCACAUGGGCAGCUGCCGCAUCCAGGCCUCAGGCCGCCCCCAGUGCUCCUGCCAGCCAGGAUGGACAGGUGAGCAGUGCCAGAUUCGGGACUUCUGCUCAGCCAACCCCUGCGUCAACGGAGGGGUGUGUCUGACCACGUACCCCCAGAUCCAGUGCCGCUGCCCACCUGGCUUCGAGGGCCAUGCCUGCGAACACGAUGUCAACGAGUGUUUCCGGGACCCAGGACCCUGCCCGAGAGGCACCUCUUGCCACAACACUCUGGGCUCCUUCCAGUGUCUCUGCCCCGCUGGGCAGGGGGGCCCGGCGUGUGAGCUCCGCCCAGGGCCCUGCCCUGCCAAGGGCUGUCUCAACGGAGGCACCUGCCAGCUGGUUACCGAGAAAGACUCCACCUUCCACCUCUGCCUCUGUCCCCCCGGCUUCACCGGCCUGGACUGUGAGGUGAACCCAGACGACUGUGUGGAGCACCAGUGUCAGAACGGGGGCACUUGCCAGGACGGGCAGGGCACCUACACCUGCCUGUGCCCAGAGGCCUGGACAGGCCUGGACUGCUCUGAAGAUGUGGAUGAAUGUGGCGCUCAGGGUCCCCCGCGCUGCAGGAAUGGGGGGACCUGCCAGAACUCGGUCGGCAGCUUCCACUGUGUGUGUGUGAGCGGCUGGGGAGGCCCAGACUGUGCCGAGAACCUGGACGACUGUGCAGCGGCCACCUGCGCCCCGGGCUCCACCUGCAUCGACCGCGUGGGCUCCUUCUCCUGCCUCUGCCCCCCUGGCCGCACAGGCCUCCUGUGCCACAUGGAGGACAUGUGUCUGAGCCAGCCCUGCCACGGGGACGCCCAGUGCAGCACCAACCCCCUGACGGGCUCCACGCUCUGCUUGUGUCAGCCCGGCUACUCGGGCCCCACCUGCCACCAGGACCUGGAUGAGUGUCAGAUGGCCCAGCUGGGCCCCAGCCCCUGCGAACACGGCGGCUCCUGCCUCAACACCCCCGGCUCCUUCGACUGUCUCUGUCCACCUGGCUACACGGGCUCCCGCUGCGAGGCUGACCACAACGAGUGCCUGUCCCAGCCCUGCCACCCAGGCAGCACCUGCCUGGACCUGCUCGCCACCUUCCACUGCCUCUGUCCUCCAGGCCGGGAAGGGCAGCUGUGCGAGCUGGAGACGGACGAGUGCGCCUCAGCGCCUUGCCUCAACCAGGCCGACUGCCACGACCUGCCCGAUGGUUUCCUGUGCGUCUGCCCGCCCGGAUUCACCGGCUCCCGGUGUGAGGAGGACAUCAAUGAGUGUGGGAGCUCUCCCUGUGCCAACGGUGGGCAGUGCCAGGACCAGCCUGGAUCCUUCCACUGCGAGUGUCUCCCAGGCUAUGAAGGCCCACGCUGUCAAAUAGAGGUGGAUGAGUGUCAGAGUGGCCCGUGCCCCCCUGGAGCCAGCUGCCUCGAUCUCCCUGGAGCCUUCUUUUGCCUCUGUCCUUCCGGCCUCACAGGUCAUCUCUGUGAGGUUCCCCUGUGUGCCCCCAGCCUGUGCCAGCCCUGGCAGAAAUGCCAGGAUUCGGAGGACAAGGCCCACUGCGUGUGCCCUGAUGGGAGCCCCGGCUGCGCCCCUGCUGAGGACAAUUGCACCUGCCUCCACGGGCACUGCCAGGGGACGAGCUCCUCCUGUGUGUGUGACGUGGGCUGGACAGGAGCAGAGUGUGAGGUGGAGCUGGGGGACUGUGUCUCCCUGCCCUGUGCCCACGGGGGCACCUGCCACCCCCAGCGCUCAGGCUAUAACUGCACGUGCCCCGCAGGCUACACAGGCCCCAGCUGCAGUGAGGACGUGACAGUUUGUCACUCAGAGCCCUGUCUCAACAGUGGCACCUGCAACCCCAGCCCCGGGGGCUACUCCUGCACCUGCCCUCCGAGCCACACUGGAGCCCACUGCGAGUCCAGCACUGACCACUGUGCCUCUGCCCCCUGCCUCAACGGGGGUACCUGUGUGAACAGGCCUGGCACCUUCUCCUGCAUCUGCGCCUCAGGCUUCCAAGGCCCGAGCUGUGAGGGGAGGGUCCAACCCAGCUGUGCGGACAGUCCCUGCAGGAACGGGGCAACCUGUCAGGAUGGCCCUCGGGGUCCCCGCUGUCUCUGUCGCCCUGGUUACACGGGAGCCAGCUGCCAGACUCUGAUGGACUUAUGUGCCCAGAAACCCUGUCCCCACAACUCCCGCUGCCUCAAGAUGGGACCUUCCUUCAAGUGCCUGUGCCUCCAGGGAUGGACCGGGCCUCUCUGUGACCGUCCACUGUCCUCCUGCCAGAAGGCCGCUUUAAGUCAAGGCACAGAAGUCUCGUCCCUGUGCCGGAAUGGAGGCCUCUGCAUGGACAGUGGCCCCUCCUACUUCUGCCACUGCCCCCCGGGGUUCCAAGGCAGUGUUUGCCAGGACAGGGUGAACCCGUGUGACUCAAAACCCUGCCAGCAUGGGGCCACCUGCGUGGCGCAGCCCAAUGGGUAUUUCUGCCAGUGCAGCCCAGGCUACAGUGGACAGAACUGCUCGAAGAAACACGAUGCUUGUCAGUCCCAACCGUGUCACAACCAUGGGACCUGUACCCCCCAGCCCGGAGGCUUCCACUGUGCCUGCCCUCCGGGCUUUGUGGGGCUGCGCUGUGAGGGGGAUGUGGAUGAGUGCCUGGACCAGCCCUGCAACCCCACAGGCACGGCUGCCUGCCACUCUCUGGCCAAUGCCUUUUACUGCCAGUGUCUGCCUGGGCACACAGGCCAGUGGUGUGAAGUGGAGGUUGAUCCCUGCCAGAGUCAGCCCUGCGCCCAUGGAGGGUCCUGUGAAAGCACCACAGGAUCCAGUCCAGGUUUCAUCUGCCACUGCCCGCAGGGUUUCGAAGGACCCACCUGCAGCCACCGAGCCCCCUCCUGCGGCUCGCAUCACUGCCACCACGGGGGCCUCUGUCUGCCCUCGCCCAAGCCGGGCUUCCCACCCAGCUGCGCUUGCCUUAACGGCUAUGGGGGCCCCGACUGCCUGACCCCACCGGCUCCUCAAGGCUGUGGCCCUCCCUCUCCUUGUCUACACAACGGCAGCUGCUCAGAGGUCCUGGGGCUGGGGGGCCCAGGUUUCCGAUGCUCCUGUCCCCCCAGCUCUCCUGGACCCCGGUGUCAAGGGCCAGAAGCAAAUGGCUGUGAGGGCAGGCGGGGAGAUGGGGCCUGUGACAGCGGCUGCAGUGGCCCAGGAGGGAACUGGGAUGAGGGGGACUGCUCCCUGGGGGUCCCAGACCCCUGGAAGGGCUGUCCCGCCAGGUCUCAGUGCUGGCUCCUCUUCCGGGACGGCCAGUGCCAUCCGCAGUGCGACUCCGAAGAGUGUCUGUUUGACGGUUAUGACUGCGAGACUCCCGCGGCCUGCACCCCCGCCUAUGAUCAGUACUGCCGCGACCAUUUCCACAAUGGGCACUGCGAGAAGGGCUGCAACACCCCGGAAUGUGGCUGGGAUGGGGGUGACUGCAGGCCCAGAGACAGCGGAGCAGCGUGGGGGCCCUCGCUGGCCUUGCUAGUGGUGCUGAGCCCCCAGGCCCUGGACCAGCAGCUGCUUGCCCUGGCCCGUGCGCUGUCCCUGACUCUGAGGGUGGGGCUCUGGGUGAGGAAGGACAGCGAUGGCGGGAACAUGGUCUACCCCUAUCCCGGGGCCCAGGCUGAAGAAGAGCUACAAGGAGCCACGGACCCGUCCCAGCAGAAGAGAGCAGCGCCCCCGACACAACCUGUGGGCAAGGAGGCCGACACCCUCGGCACCGGGUUUGUGGUGGUGAUGGGUGUGGAUAUGUCCCACUGCGGCCCAGAACGCCCCGCCUCCCGCUGUCCCUGGGACCCCGGGCUCCUGCUCCGCUUCCUUGCAGCGAUGGCUGCCGUAGGGGCUCUGGAGCCCCUACUGCCAGGACCUCUGCUGGCUGCCCACCCACGUGCAGGCACCGCGCCCCCCCACAACCAGCUCCCCUGGCCCGUGCUCUGCUCGCCAGUGGCCGGAUUGCUCCUUCUGGUCCUCGGGGCCCUUCUCGUCCUCCAGCUCAUUCGGAGGCGUCGCAGAGAGCACGGGGCCCUCUGGCUGCCCCCGGGGUUCACCAGAAGGUCUCAGUCUCGGCCGACUCCCCACCGACGCAGGCCCCCCCUCGGAGAGGACAGCAUUGGCCUCAAGACACUGAAAUCAGAGGCAGAAGUUGAUGAGGACGGAGUUGUGAUCUGCUCAGGUCUCGAGGAAGGAGAGCUGUGCCAGGCUGAAGACAUGGCCUCCCCCUCCAAGUGCCAACUCUGGCCUCUGAGUGGUGACCUCUGGGAGCUCCCCCAGGAAGCCAUACUGACUCCUCCCCAGGAAUCAGAGACGGAGGUCACUGACGUGGACUCCUGUGGACCUGGAAGGGUGACACCCCUGAUGUCAACAGUUUGCUGUGAGAAAGUGGAGUCCCGGACCAUCCAGGGGGCUUGGCUGGCAGGCCCUGAGCCCUGGGAACCCCUGCUAGGUGGAGAAGUCUGUCCCCAGGCUCACCCCACAGGUACUGGGGAGACGCCCCUGCACCUGGCUGCCAGAUUCUCUCGGCCAACAGCUGCCCGACGCCUCCUUGAGGCUGGAGCCAACCCCAACCAGCCCGACCAGGCGGGGCGCACGCCCCUUCACACAGCUGUGGCUGCGGAUGCUCAGGAGGUCUGCCAGAUCCUACUCCGAAACAGACAGACUUCAGUGGAUGCCCGGACAGAAGAUGGGACGACGGCCCUGAUGCUGGCUGCUCGGCUGGCAGUGGAGGACCUAGUUGAAGAACUGAUUGCAGCCCGAGCAGACGUCGGGGCCAGAGAUAAAUGGGGAAAAACCGCGCUGCACUGGGCCGCCGCCGUGAACAACGCCCGGGCCGCCCGCUCCCUUCUGCAGGCCGGAGCUGAUAAGGACGCGCAGGACGGCAGGGAGCAGACGCCCCUCUUCCUGGCAGCCCGAGAAGGAGCGGUGGAGGUGGCCCGGCUGCUGCUGGGCCUGGGGGCGGCGCGAGGGCUGCGGGACCACACGGGACUGGCGCCCCGGGACGUCGCCCGCCAGCGCCACCACUGGGACCUGCUGACGCUGCUGGAGGGGGCGGCGGCCCCGGAGGCGCGGCCCAGGGGCGCGCGGGGCCGCGGGGCGGGGCCGUGCCCGCGCGCGCGCUCGGCGUCGGGGGCCGCGGCCCUGCCCAGGGGCGGGGCCCCGCCGCGCAGCCGGACGCUGUCGGCCGGCGCCUGCCCGCAGCACCGGAACUUCUCGAAGGGAGGAAGAGGAGGAGGCGGAGGAGGCGGAGGCGGAGGCGGAGGCCCGCCCCCGCGCGGCCGGAGGUUCUCAGCAGGCAUGCGCGAGCCCCGGCCCAACCCGGCAAUUGUACGAGGAAGCUCCGGGGUUGCGGCCGGGAGCGGCGGGGUGGGCUCAGCUGCCGACUGGCCUUGCGAUUGGGUGACCUUGGGGGGAGUCUUCAGCCCCUCCUCCAGCACGCCGAUCCCGCCCCCUUGUCUGACUCCGUCCCCGGAACCCGGAUCGCCUCAACUUACUUGGGGUCUCCCAGCCCAGCAAGUGGUACACUUCCGUAAAGGAAGCGGUGGCGAAAACUAGGUUAUAUUACCUGGCGCGGAGGGAGUCUGAAAAUCAGUGCCCGCUAGAUGACGGGCAGUCUGGAAGCACUCCAGAUUUUCAGAUCCUCGAGCCCCCCCCAAUGAGCCGUAAGUGUAGUGCUCUCCCAAAAGGAGUGAAUGCCCACCAGAACCAUCAUCGGCUUCCAUGUGGAGCAGCUGCAGCCCCGAAAUGGGAUUCGGGUGAUGGGAUGAAGAGGACCCAGCCUCUUCCAGGGAUUGUGGGGCUGCAAGAGGAUGGAGUGAGACAUAUAACGCUGGACUGGGACCAAGAACUCUAUAUAGGAUAUAUUUUUAUUCCUGUAGAAUAACAGGACUGUCUAUCUCUUAUCUCCCCCACUGUUAAGCUGAUAACUAUUUAUUGAGCACCUAUUAUGUGCCAGGACUAUAUAGGUGCUACAGGCCGACCAGCUUAUGACUCCUUGCAUUCUCCCCACCCCCAAACCCACUACUGCAAGGAUGAAGCAUUCUUCCAAGCACUCCUGUCUCUAUUUAAGAAUCUAAAUAUUUCACCUGUUAAUAAAACUCAGUUGAAGUGUU